GGGCAUCAGAAAGAGCUGCAGCUCCACAGAGGAGACAAACGGAAGGAGAAAGGAGGGCAGAGAGAAAGGAGAGCAACCCGAUAGUCUGCUCUAGUCUUCCAGCAAUAAAAAAAAACAAUAGUUUACAAGAAGAUGAGAUGCCAUCUGAGAGGUUAAAAUCCUGCGCAGGUUUUGAGACGUUUUUUGGACUCCACGGUUUUCUUUGAGAAACAUUUUAAUUCCUCCCUUUACCACUCCGAAAACAGUCCCAACUCGCUGCUUGCUAUAUUUUAUUCAUUUUGCUUUUUGAGAGACAUAUCACUUAUUCAUUUGCACGUAUUUUGGAUUUUCAGCUUGUGUUUCUUGCAUCCAAAUCCACUUUGUAAACGCCAAACUGCUGGUCUGCUGGAGCGGAUCGGACAGCGGUGGCUGGCUGCGCAGAGGAGCUGUCCGGUGCUGAAACCUGCAGGACACAGGAACUGUUUGAUGAGUAAGACGUUAGAAAACGACUAUUUAACGUGAACUAACAGGAGAAACCGACAAUUGUAAUGGAGAAAACACCCAGGAAACGAUUUAUAUUUCUAUUCUAGAUACAUUAGAGCUCCACAGGUCUUCCAGAUUCAAUUUUUAACUAUUACACGUAUCUGCUACUGAAAACCAAGAGUACAGGAUAAAUACCUGGUUUGGGUUUUUUUAAGAGCAUUUUUUUGACUGCAUAGGAAGCCAAACUAUUAUAAAAAAAAAAAUCCGCUUAUUUCCAUCACUGGGUUCAGACGUAGGUCUGGAAAAAGAAGACAAGCGUUUAUUAAUCGUAUGAGUGCAGCAGCAGUGACUGUCCCACCAUGCCUCGAUCUUUCUUGGUGAAGAAAGUCAAACUGGAUGACUUCUCGGCUGCUGAGCUGGAAAGCUCCUACAGUCACAGCCGAAGAGAGGAGCUCAGUCUACGAUUCCAUCACCAUGACAAAGGUUACGUCAGUGAUUAUCUAAGUCCUAAUCCUUAUGAUGAAGUUGUUGGAAGUGAGUCAUCAGUCAUCUCUAAAGUGCCCUCUCCGAGUCACUCAUCAAUCAUCUAUGGCCACAUUAACAACACCUAUUCAGGUAUUCAUGGUGACAUCCAUGGGGACUCAGACCAGCCGGACAGUCCGAGGUCUGAGGUCUCAUCUUCAGCAGGCGGGUACAUUAACGGAGAUGCAGCUGUGAGUGAAGGAUACACAGUAGAUGCAUUCUUCAUCAUGGAUGGACGAUCGAGAAGGAAGGUUGCAACAAACCCUAGAGGAGCCUCUCAAAGGCACACAUGCAGUGAGUGCGGCAAAACCUACGCCACGUCCUCCAACCUAAGCCGACACAAGCAGACACACAGAAGCAUUGAUAGCAAGAUGGCCAAAAAGUGCCCCACAUGUGGAAAAGUGUAUGUCUCCAUGCCCGCCAUGGCCAUGCACUUGCUCACCCAUGAUCUCAAGCACAAAUGCGACGUAUGCGGAAAAGCUUUCAGCCGACCGUGGCUGUUACAGGGUCACAUGCGUUCGCACACUGGAGAGAAGCCGUUCGGAUGUGCACACUGUGGGAAAGCUUUUGCUGAUCGUUCAAACCUGCGCGCCCACAUGCAGACUCAUUCAGCCUUUAAGCAUUACAAGUGCAAGCGGUGCAACAAGACGUUUGCACUCAAGAGUUACCUGAACAAGCACUAUGAGUCUGCAUGCUUUAAGGGGGCUUUUUCCCCGAUGAGCUCACUGAGUGAAUAAGGAAUUCAGAAAGCACAUCUAGAAUUUAUUUACUUAACUUACAUCUGAUUUCUUCUGCUUUACCCCAAAUGAUGAACCGGAGUACAACAAAGAAGGAGUUUUUUUCUCUUAUUUCAAACCCCCCAGUUAUUCUUAUUUCAUGGUUUAUUGAAAAGUUUGAAAGAACUUCAAAUGAUUUAUUUCACAAUGAGGUUCUGUUGAGUAAACAGAGCACAGCACAUCUAGGGCUUCAUAUUUUGAAGAAACCUAGAUGUAUUUAUGUCCAUAUCAAUCCACGUCAAUUUUUUCUAGCCAUGAUGAAAUAACACAAAAGCACAAUUGCUCCUCCAUGUCUUUGUCUUUCUUAAGAGUUUAUAUGAUCAAGCACAGAAACCAAUCUCUUGCAGAGUUUCAUCAAAACAAAUUAUUUUCAGCUUUUCUUUGAUACAAAGCUGAGGAUGCUUCUUGUAUCUUAUUUUUAGUGAGGCUGACUCUGACUGACUUUCAAGAAAAUACAUGCAAUUCAGAAGAAAAUAUAGAUUCAGCUUUUUAAAAGGAAAUAUUAUAAACAGGUACAUCUCAGUUUAAUAGAAGUGAAACUCAUAUAGUAGAAUGGUCCCUUUCUAAUUGUUUAGAGGACAAUCAUUGGUAUCCAGAGUAUGCUACAGAAAGAGGCCCGCUGUUCACAGAAAGUUUUAUCCGGACAUAUUGGCAGAAAACUGAAUGGAUGGAAAAAGGGCAGCCUUUGCAAAGUCAUUAAUUAUUCUUUACUUUCAGAGCCAACUCAAACAGAUUUAAUCAUGACAAUAUGAACUAAAGUGAACACUUGAAAUCCACCAUAUCAUUUCAUUCUAUUAUUCAAAUAGUUAUUCCAGCCACUGCCAAGUAUCUAGGCACGCAGACACCUUCUACCCAUGUACUACCAUAAUAGGAUGUCAGCAGUGUGGUAAGCCCAGUCUUGAAAUUUCCUCACAAUAAAACAGCAGCGUAAUUCAAGCCAUGAUGUAAAGCACACAAUUACUGGACUAUAGAGCAGUGUUCACUGUAGUUGUGGAUUUUGUCUCUUUGUGUGUCAAUCAAUGGACUAGUCUGAGUUUGGUAUUUUUCUCAGCCCCAGGAACUAUUAAUGCUUGAGCAUUUCAUGACAUUUUGGACAAUUUAUUACCACUAUCUUUAUAACAAAGGAUCAGAAAAUAAAUCCUGUAAUUAUAUAGAUGUUGAAUGUUUGAUAUGGAAUAACUUGGUAAGCCUGACUGAAAUCUUAAAGGAAAUCUGUUCAAUAUAACUUUCCCUUCUCCAACACCAGUAGCUACUGUAAACCCAUAAACUCCUGAAGGUAUGGUCAAAUUUUCUGGUAAACACUGGGAAACCUUACUAACAGAAGCUGUUUAACUGUGAAAAGUUGGUUAAGAAAAGGUUGAGGAGCAAAACAAAAAAAACAAAACAAAAACAAA